GAACAACCUGGACCUUUUACAUAUUACUCUAGGAAAGACUAAAAAAAUUAGGUAAAAAUAAAAACAAUAAGUUUUUGUUAGCUCAAUUAGCAUUAUGUCUUUGCACCUUAAGAUGUAUAUUGGACUAUUGGUAUUUGCUUGGGCAUUUACAAAAUCUGGUGCACAGGAAUGUGGUGCUGACUUGAUAUUAGUUGUAGACAUAUCAUGUAGUAUUACAAGUCCAAAUAAAACUUUAAUGAGGGACUUCCUAGAGGACUUUGUGGGAGUACUCGAUGUUGGAACUGAUGACAGUCAAAUACAGCUUGGAAUGGUUUUGUUUGACAAAUUCACAUAUCACCCAAUAUAUCUGAAUAGUUUUACAAAGAACGAAGAGUAUGCCGAAGUUGUUCGAGAAAUGGACAUGCACAUAGAACCAAAUAAGGGACCACGGUGUGGAACACGUACUGAUAAAGCCUUGGUAGAUACUAUGAAUGUUAUGUUAAAAGAAGAAAAUGGAUUGAGGACUCAUAAUCCAAAUAUUCUAAAAGUAGUGAUGGUUAUUACUGAUGGAGCCACAUUUCCCGCUUCUGCAGCACCCAAAACUAAAGCUGCUGCAAAAGAGCUACGAAUUGUAACAGGAGCCUCAGUUUAUGUUCUCUCACUGCCAAACAAGAACAACAUAGAUGGCUCUAAAGAAUUCAGGGCAUUGGCAAGUAAACCAGUCGCUAACUACCUGAUUGAUGUGUCAUCAUUUGCAGAUCUGACCCCAUUAAUUCCCCCUUUAAUGACCGCUAUUUGUGUUAUCCCUGAGAGUGAAGUAGAAGAAAUAACUCCACCACCUACAACUACAGCAAAAGCAGUGAUAGUACCCGAACCUGUCACACCUGGCCCAACAACUCCAAGGCCUACUCCAAGGCCUACUGCUCCUCAAGGGCUUUGUGAAGGCCCUCGAUUAAAAUGUCAAGUUUUUAUGUCAGCUUGUCCACAUCAUAAUCGUCAAUGUUGCGGUUGUCAUUUUAUGUUCAUUGAUCCAGAUACAAAGGGUCUUAAAACACCCUUUCAAAUGGCAAGAGAAGGGAAAUGCCUGUGUGAAGACUGCAUAAGAAAGGCAUGGUUCUGUUUACCCAAGCAGUAUAAGGCACAAUAUUACAUUGGUCCACCACUACCACUUAAGUUUGGAGGCUAUGGUAGGAAAGGAUAAGAAGCAAUUGAACUCAGUCAGUUCUGGCUCCAAAAAUCAACAAUAUGGGCAUGGGGAUAUUGGUUAUUGUUUAUUCUGAAUUUUGUAUCGAUAUAUGUUAGGUGUAUUGAGUUGUUUGAAUUGUUUUGAAUUGUUAGAUAGACUGUAUACACAUAUUGGUAGCCUUAAUUGUGAACCUUGUGUCUCAUUAAAACAAAGCAGGUGAAAUGAACAAAUAAAACAUGUACUACUAUAAGGAAAAACUAGGAAAAUGUGAUUGAAAGAGGAUAAUUUCAAAUUUAUUUACCUUGCAAGUUGCUCCAUUUUUGCACUGAUCACUACAGUCAUUAACAUCUGAAAUAAAGAUUGAUUUCUGUCAACAUGUUGUAAGUUCUAUGUUAAA